UUAAUAUAGGAUUUCCCGGAGAAAGCCAAACAAAUCACAUAUAAGCAAAUGCCCUGGAUUGAGUAUCAGGAAAAGGGAAAAGAUUACAGCACACGUCCAUCUCCAUUCUCCAAGACUCUUCUGUUCACAUUUACUGGAGCCGCUGAUGCCCAGAGCUCUCCAGAAGAAAGGAAAAGUCAUUUAUGUCAUGAGGAACCCCAAAGACGUCAUGGUGUCGUAUUUAGUAGGAGCUACGAUGAGAUGUUAAAGAAAUUCAUUACAGGAUGCAUGAUUGGUGGCUCCUGGUUUGACCAUGUUAAAGGAUGGGUGACUAGUAAAGACAAAUACAACAUUCUGAUCCUGACUUAUGAAGAGAUGAUCAAGGACCUCAGAUCCGUCAUUGUGAAAAUCUGUAAGUUUGUUGGCAAGAAUCUGUCAGACGCAGCCAUCGAUAAAGUGGUGGAAAGAGCAACAUUCAACCAAAUGAAAGUAGACCCUGUGGCCAACUAUGAGUCUGUUCCUUGGAAGAUCACAGAUCAGCCAAAAGGAGUUUUUUUGCGCAAAGGAACGGUUGGAGACUGGAGGAACUCUUUAACUGUGGCUCAGAGUGAAUGUCUUGAUCGUGCCUUUGAAGAAAGAAUGAAAGAGGUGCCUAACCUAGUCUGGGACAUCGCACAUUUUUGUGGCUGAAAACUCAAGUUGUAAUUUUUAUUUUGGAACAAAUGAAGAUCUAAAACUAUCAUAC